AUGAGAGGCAGACAGAGAUGUCAUGAUGCACAGCAGCAGGCCAGCAGGCCAGGGGGAGCCAGGGGUAGAGCGGAGCAGAGCAGCAGAUCCCUCCUGGGCUCAGGGGAUCAGCAGCAGGGGACAGGAGACAAAUGGAGGAGCGCCCAGGUGGAACUACCGCAAGGUGAUCAAUGGCCAUGCUCGAAAGAUUCAGCCGUGAUGCCAAGGCAAUCAUGACGUGAAUACUAAGUGCCUGAGACAAAGACGACAUUUAGAAGCUAAACAUAUUUACCUACUGUGAUUUGUCGCAUACUGUGCCACGUGUUCAUGUCUCACUGUCAUGUAAGAAAACAGCAAAAUGUAUGAUCAUUUAAUGAGCUUUAGAUAAUUGCAUAGGGAAAAACUGUAUUGAAAUGACAUGAUGGUAGCAUAAGUAAAGUUUAUGACCCAUAAGAAGUGAUAUAAUAGUUAUUUGUUAUGUAAUAGGUAGGUGAUAUGUUAUACAUGUCCAUCUUGCAUGUCCUUAAUCAGAAGAACAGUAUUUAGCUGACUUUGUUGUUGCAGUAAGUUAUUGUCCAGUGUCAGUUUUUUCUCUCCACUUGAGGUUGAGUGUAAAGAUAGGAACACAUUUGAGUAUAGGAAUGGUCUUGACAAGGCAAACCUAACACCCUAAAGUCCCAUGGGCUCUAUUGCCAUUUCCCUUUAAUCUUAACUGAAAUAAAAUAUAAAUAAUCUAUAGCGCCAGAGCAAGAAGAGACAAGACAGAAAAAGAGGGAUGAAGUUGUGCACUGGGGAACUUAAGCAGUUUUGAAACACAAUGAUGUAGAGCCAUUUGCUUCUACCUGCAGGGGCUGGCUGGCUAUCGUCGAUGGUAGCUACUGUAGGAUGUCCAGAUAUCUUUCUGUAAGACAGAAGAAUCCAAGGCAAGAUACUAGUUUAGAAAUGUGUUAUUGUCAAGAGUGAAAUUGGGAUUUUGUAGGCGGUGUAAAUAUCUACAAAUCAGAUUGUUUUGCCAUGGUCAUUUAACAGCAAUCUGUUUAAUUCCCUCUGUAACGUAUGCUGUCUAACAACAUCUUCAUCAUUUAAAAUGGGAUCCUUUUUAUGAGGCUGUCAAGCUUCUGAGGGAGGACCUUGCCACACAAUUUUAACAAUUAGUGUGCCAUGAUUGAAAUAUGUUUCAUCAUGUAGCCAGGCCUUUGGCAAAGAGAGCGAGAGGAACCAGCUCUAGGAGCAUAAAAUCAAAACAAGCAUAUAAUCGGAAGAUUUCUACCAAGGGAAGGCUUCCUUUCAACUGCCCCAUGCUGCUCCUUCUGCAGCCUUGUCCACAAAUGGCUGUGCACACUUGGAAAAAUAAACAGAGAUGGAAGGAGAUGGACUUAUGCAGCACUCAUCCUCUCUUGUUGGUUUUCCACUUUGAAAGCAAAUAUCACUUUUAAAGGGUCAGAUUUAAUGGACCACAGGCUCCCUCGUGUCCAGAUAGGAAGAAUAAUCGUCCUGCCAUUUUAUUCUGGCAUAUAAAAAUUGCAUGGUGAAAUCUGAUACAAAGCAUAUGUCAUAUAUACAGCAUUGAAUCCAAAUAACUUCACAGAUCUUCAUUGUAAAGGGUUUAAAGACUGUUUCCCAUGCUUGUUCAAUGAACCAUAAACAAUUAAUGAACAUGCACCUGUGGAACGGUCAUUAAGACACUAACAGCUUACAGACGGUAGGCAAUUAAGGUCACAGUUCUGAAAACUUAGGACACUAAAGAGGCCUUUCUACUGACUCUGAAAAACACCAAAAGAAAGAUGCCCGGGGUCCCUGCUCAUCUGCGUGUGCGUGCCUUAGGCAUGCUGCAAGGAGGCAUGAGGACUGCAGAUGUGGCCAGGGCAAUAAAUUGCAAUUUCCGUACUGUGAGACGCCUAAGACAGCGCUACAGGGAGACAGGACGGACAGCUGAUCAUCCUCGCAGUGGCAGACCACGUGUAACAACACCUGCACAGGAUCGGUACAUCCAAACAUCACACCUGCGGGACAGGUACAGGAUGGCAACAACAACUGCCCGAGUUACACCAGGAAUGCACAAUCCCUCCAUCAGUGCUCAGACUGUCCGCAAUAGGCUGAGAGAGGCUGCACUGUGGGCUUGUAGGCCUGUUGUAAGGCAGGUCCUCACCAGACAUCACCGGCAACAACGUUGCCUAUGGGCACAAACCCACCGUCGCUGGACCAGACAGGACUGGCAAAAAGUGCUCUUCACUGACGAGUCGCAGUUUUGUCUCACCAGGGGUGAUGGUCGGAUUCACGUUUAUCGUCGAAGGAAUGAGCGUUACACCGAGGCCUGUACUCUGGAGCGGGAUCGAUUUGGAGGUGGAGUGUCCGUCAUGGUCUGGGGUGGUGUGUCACAGCAUCAUCGGACUGAGCUUAUUGUCAUUGCAGGCAAUCUCAACGCUGUGCAUUACAGGGAAGACAUCCUCCUCCCUCAUGUUGUACCCUUCCUGCAGGCUCAUCCUGACAUGACCCUCUAGCAUGACAAUGCCACCAGCCAUACUGCUCGUUCUGUGCGUGAUUUCCUGCAAGACAGGAAUGUCAGUGUUCUGCCAUGGCCAGCGAAGAGCCCGGAUCUCAAUCCCAUUGAGCACAUCUGGGACCUGUUGGAUCGGAGGGUGAGGGCUAGGACCAUUCCCCCCAGAAAUGUCUGGGAACUUGCAGGUGCCUUGGUGGAAGAAUGGGGUAACAUCUCACAGCAAGAACUGGCAAAUCUGGUGCAGUCCAUGAGGAGGAGAUGCACUGCAAUACUUAAUGCAGCUGGUGGCCACACCAGAUACUGACUGUUACUUUUGAUUUUGACCCCCCCUUUGUUCAGGGACACAUUCUUCCAUUUCUGUUAGUCACAUGUCUGUGGAACUUGUUCAGUUUAUGUCUCAGUUGUUGAAUCUUGUUAUGUUCAUACAAAUAUUUACACAUGUUAAGUUUGCUGAAAAUAAACGCAGUUGACAGUGAGAAGACGUUUCUUUUUUUGCUGAGUUUAGUAGCCAUUUUGGGUAUGCGAAAAAAUUACUUUUAUAGUAUUUGACAUUUUGAAAAUGUAGUAUGCUAUAAAUGCCAAGAUGUCAUACUCAUUUCAACUUUUCAUCUAGUAGAAUUAGCUGUAUACGAUUGAGGAAGAUAAUCAUCUUUCGAGAACCUUGUGUGUUUGGACACGCUGUACCAAAAUGAAUGAAUGGAGGGAAUCAAUGUAAUUGCGCAUUAUAUUACGCAUUCUCAGUGUGAUGGGCCUAGUAUGCUGAUAUUUGUUGCUUACUGCAUUCGUUUUUACUAAACAGUACUUUAAUAUAACAUACAUCAUUCAUCACUGACUAUUGUUCAACACAGUAGUCAUUGUAUUCUGCGUAGAUUCGCUGCUUUUCAAUAGGAUAUUAAUUGCUUCCUUUUUUAUUCAGUUGUAUUCAACGUCAUGCUGUACAAUAACUCAACAAUAACCUGCAAGAGAUAUCAUUUCGAUGUAUGGUAUAAUCUUGAUAUAUUUUAUUUCGUAGUUGUUUGUUGAAAAUACAAUCUACACAGGACCUUCUAAUCAGCAGAUUUUGCAUGGGUGGAGUUUUGGCUUGCCUGGUGACAUCACCAGGCUGUAUAAGUUAAUAGACCAAUAACAAAGAGAGUUCCAAACCUCACUGCCAAUAAACAGCUAGUUUUCAGGUUACAUAUCCCUCCCAUUGGGCCCCUUCACUCUGGUGAUUAACUAUGGUUAAUGCACUGCUUUGAUUCUUUUUGACAAUUUUAAUGGAAAAAUAUUACAGGAAGUUACUUAAUUGUUACCCACAAAUUAUUUGAUAUUGAGAUAAAAACAACUGCACUAGGCUUUUAAGACAUACCACAGAAAAUAAGCUAAAAAGAUCGUUCAUAUUUCAUAAUAACUCAAUGGGAAAAGUGUUUUCUACCUGACCAACUUAUAUUCAUUUAUAUACCUGUGAGGUGAAAUAAUAGCAAGUUCUUCCAUGCAAUCUCACAGACCCAAUUGAGGGAAAUAUAUUUGUUGUUGUUCAGAAGUCCCAUAAAUCCGCCGUCUUGAAUAAUUCACCACAGUGAUUUAAUACCCCCUUUCUAGCUUUAAGUGUGACCAACUGAGUUUGAAAGCUUAGAAUAUCAAAUGAAGAUAUAUCUUAGGCGAUCACAUGAACAGUGACCUUUUAAAUUGAAUAUAAGCUGCAAACUUUGACGUGACAUAAUUAAGUUUAGGUCUGGAUGUUCCCUUGCCUGGCAUGACCUAUUUAUCAAUGUAGAGAUUUCUUAAUAAAGUCACUAUUUAACUCAGUGUUGCCACAUGCCAGUGUUGAACAACUUGCCCCUAUAAUAGUGGGUCACUCAGUGAAGGCAGAAAAACUAAUGAUAAAUAAUAAAGGCAAUUCCUGGGAGGUGUUAUCUUGCGCACUUUCAUUAUUUACCUACGACAAUUUGCUAAAAAAAAGAGGCACAAUGUGUGAACAACCAAAGUGGACAAAUGUGUUUGCUAGGGAUGGACAAUUUGCUCGACAUUGAAGGGCCUAACCCAGCCUCAAAGGUGAGCUGGAGCGCUUGCCGUCAUACCGCUCUACAGUACUUUCUCAUUGUAGCAACUUCUAUCUUUGUUUAAAAAAAGUUUUUUAUUUAUUUAUCAGUGACCUUUCUACCUAUUAAUCACUGAUUCCUGCUUGCAUUGUGGUAAUCGCCUGUACUUUCAAUAUAAAACAUCUCCUGGUCUAGUUUUCAAAGAACAUAUUGGAUAAACUGUAUGACAGUUUGAAGAUUGACCUUUGAGAUGUGAUUGAUGAUGUAUAAAUGCAACAUGGACAGACACGAGUCAAAGAUGGUGAAAGUGAUUGUAUGCUAAUAUAAUCUAGUUGGGUCUGCCUUGAAUACUGCCUGCAGCAUCUAAAAAUUGGAGAUUGGCACAGAACAGUGAAUCAUCAUCCACUGUAAUUGAAUCAAGUGGCUCGCUUCAUGAGUUCUAUUUAGGGCAGCCAGUUGGAGACACAGGCCAUGUUAUCCAAUCAGAACACUUGGAAGGCUCAUUUUUUCACACUUGGCUGCGUGAAGUUGUCUCACAGAACCCAAACCCUACUCAUGUUUUUCCUCUAGAUCCUGUAUCUUGCCAUGUUGCAGUAACCCCAGCAACUAAUGUAUUCUCUGAGUCCAGUGGUGGAAAAAGUACUAAAUUGUCAUAUUUGAGUAAAAGUAAAGAUACCUUAAUAGAAAAUGAAGUAAAAGUGAAAGUCACCCAGUAAAAUACUACUUCAGUAAAAGUCUAAAAGUAUCAGGUUUUAAAUGUACUUUAGUAUAGUGGUGGGAAAAGUAUUACAUUGUCAUACUUGAGUAAAAGUAAAUCCUACACAUCAAAUUCCUUAUAUUAAGCAAAUCAGAUGGCACAAUGUUCUAUUUUUUUUUUUGACAGCCAGGGGCACACUCCACAAAAUGUAUUGAGUAAAAAUUACAUAUUUUCUUUUGGAAUGUAGUGGAGUAAAUGUAAAAGUAGUCAAAAAUAUAAAUAGUAAAGUACAGAUACCCAAAAAAGUACUUUAAAGUAUUUUUACAAAAGUACUUUACACCACUGUCUGAGUCUAAAAUUAAAAGUCCUAGAUUAUAUAGGCCUGGGGGGGGGGGGGGGGGGGGGGGGGGGUUGAGAGUCCUCACUUACUUUCUCACAGUAAGAGCUCUUUCUGAGAAAUUACUCCUCUACCAUGUCAUCCUUUGGAGUGGGCGGCAUGGCAACAUUUAUCACUCAGAUCAUCAGUGUGACAUCUGCCAUGACUGAUAAAGUGAGAGAGAGAGGGCAUACACUUCUCACAGAAGUCUCUUCUUGUCCAUCCUUUUUUGGUGAAUAGUGUCAGUAAAAAAUCAAUUAAUACCUAAGGUUGAAGUCAGAGAUAAAGUCCUACUAUCCCUUCUUAUAAGUUUGACUCCUAUUGGUGUACCACAAGGUCACAUCACUAUAUAUGAGUUGUAAUUGAACUUGUAUGCAAGUCACAUGCUAUGUAGCGAACACAAAUCAAGCGCACAAACAACUCUUCAGUCUUUAAAAGAGGACUUUAAUGCACGCUUGCAGGUUCACAUAGCAGACGAGGUGACGUCCCACAAAUGUAAGGUUUAGUCAGCCUCUAUGUCUCCGGUUAGCAUUGAUUACAGUUGUAAAAUGUGUAUAUUUUAUAUUUAGACAUUCUGUAGAUGACUGUCCAAAUGUCUCUGAUUUGUAGGCCUUAAAUCCCUGUGAGGAAUGUUUUUUGUGGUUACAGGGCAGGAUCUGUAGCUCAAGUGCAGUCCCCCAAUCAGCAGGGGAAACCAGCUGAAAGCCUUCUGAACCACAGCCAUCAAUACGUCUCAGGGACUGGGCUCAGAAUGGAGGGGGGUGGCCGAACAUCUACGUAUGGAGCGAUUAAAACUGUGUUGUGAAAAACGUCCAUUAAUAAGAUAUGUACAUUAUGGACAAGAGCAUCCGCUCAGCUUGAAAUUAAAAAUUCAUACCGAGGAGAGAAAGCCUGCAGAAAAGCGCCUCCUGAAAUAAAACAUGGACCCUUGGAGGCACAUUAGAGGUAUCAAUAAAUCAGGAAAUAAAAGGCAAGUUUCAAAUGAAAAAAUCCCAGUUCCCUUGCUUAUCCCCUGCAGGUACAGUAGAAAAAGUAUGAAAAUGUAUGCACUCACUACUAAGUGUCUGCUAAAUGACUAAAAUGUAAAUGUACAAAAUGUUGAUGUACUCUGAGCUCUAAGAUUUUCAAUUAAAUCUGAUAAAGGCCUACACUUCUUUUUCUGUACACCCCUGUCUCAUGCUUAUUGGAGAUAACUGGAUGUAUAUAUUUUACUUCCUACUCAGACACUUCCUAAACUUUGUUUCUCUUUAGUUUUAGGUACAUUAUGCUAGAUGAACUCAUCCAAACAACGAAUAUUUAUUCCAUAAGUUAUGCAAUAGGUAUUUAAUAUCAAACAAAAAACGGUUUAAAGACUAACAAUUAUGAAACUGCUCUCAACUACUGCUAUUAUGUGCUAGACAUCACUAAAUGAUUUCCUAAGUGCAUAGUAUUUGCGGAAAACAUUAUAAUCUCUGAGCAAUUAGGCUUUAGAAUAAUUAAGACACUCAUAAUUGUUCAGCGAUUGCAAAGUAAUCAAUACUUAUUACUGCUAUUAUCCAUUUUCAUGUGCUUAUAUUACUAAAUAGCUGACUCUUCCAGUAGCAUUUACAUAAAUCAGUGAAGGAAAACAAGUUGUCCAAGCCAGAGUAUGUUCAGAGGGUAUCACUACAGCUAAGAGUUAUAAACAAGAAGAGAGAAGUAAGGCUGCGUCGGGAGUUCUUCAUGGCACUUUUCCACUGCAGGGCCAUGCCGGGCCUUGAAUAUCAGGGUUCCUAUUUCAUUACCAUUUGCCCAUGGUCCACUUGAUUCCAGGAACCAAGCAGGAUAUUCAGCCUCGUUUGAUACUGUAUCUGGUACUGACAUCAAACCAUGUAGGCUGGUGGGUGGGGUUACAAAUGGCCGUACUCAAUGAUUGGUCUCACACAAUAAUGUCACAGUGUGGCGUAUGUUGUUAAUAGGUACAGUAGAAAAACGGUACAGCCACAGAUAGAACUUGGUACAGCUACACUAACCAGUAACUCUACAGCUAAAACCGAAUAAUGGAAGCAGCAAAUUGGUCAGUUGGAGAUGUCCACUCGCUUUUGAGCACCUGGGUAGACUCCAGCAUCCAGAGGCAACUGGAUUCUUCCACCAGGAAUGAAAAGGUCUUCAAAUAAUAUAUUGUAUACAUUAGCAGAGAUGGGAAUCCAUCGGUCAGUGAAACAGUGCAGGGAAAAAAUUAAGAAACUCAAACAAGAAUAUAAAAAGAUAAAAGAUUGCACAACAACAAAAGUGUAUCAGACAGCGAUAUUUGAAGGCAUGAUGAUGCCGAGCAGCGAUGAUCAGCACGGUAAUACAUUGUUGUUAGCCAAAUUAUCUAGCUAGCUACCAAUGUCUUCAGCAAAGCUAGCUGUAGCGUGUGUGAGUGAGCACUGCGCGAGAUGUGAACCAGGGUCAACAACUUGUCAUAUAAACAUCCAUGGAAGGCCAACGCCGUGGACUUAGCUACAUGUUUGACAUUAGCCGGGAGUUUCCAACUUUACAUUACUAACAACAGCUUCAUAGCUGUAUUUGCUACAUGUUUGACGUUAGCCGGUAGUUUCCGACUUUACAUUACACAAACAAACAUACUUUUCAGACAGCGUCAUUUAACAACAGCUUCAUAGCUGUAUUUGGAAAGUUUGUCCUAGCCAUAAAAGGAUGUCAGACACCAGCAGGACACAUGUCACUAGACUAAACUGGCUAAAGUUCUUAUGUAAAAUACUUUUUUGUACUAUAUCAAAAGCAUUGUGAAUGUGGCUUUCAAUGACUGUUAAUUGAAUUUAGCCUACUGUUAAACAAUGAAAAUAAUGUACAUUUAGCAAAUGUUGUUAAACAUGCUUACUUGUGUAGAUUUUAAAUGGAGGAAAUAAAGAUUAGACAUAAUAUGAUUUACACACUUUUAUUAAACAACAAUCAAACAUUGGUUGAACAUAGCGUAUACAAUCGUGUAGUAGGGUAUUGAUGGGGUAAAAAACUAAACUUAUAAGAACAUACAGUAUGUAUAAUGGUAAAAUGAACAUAAGGGUGUAUAUAGUAGUACUUUAUUAAGCUAGAGAUAUCAGACUGCUUCUCAAUGCACCAGGCCUACGUCGGCCUUCCGCAUCUGCGGUGGAAGGUGGGCGAGCUACAGCCGUGUUUGUCAGAUCAUGAGACAUCCUGAAAAUCGGUCUUCUCAUGAAAAUGUCUGUAGCAUCCGAAUGGAAAGGGGAGACUCUAACGAACACAAUGGUGUUAUCCGUUUUGCUCUAAAAAAAACACAAGUGUCACAAGACUUGUCUGAAGGUAACCCAUACAAACAAAUGGAAGUAUGGAGGUGCCAACAACAAAAAAAUAAAUCAAAUCAAAAAAGAAAACUCACAUACACGUGUUUAGCAGAUGUUAUAGCGGGUGUAGCGAAAUGCUUGUGCUUCUAGCUCCGACAGUGCAGUAAUAUCUAACAAGUAGUAUCUAACAAUUUCACAACAUAUACCUAAAACACACAAAACUAGUAAGGAAUGGAAGCAAACAUACUUUUCAGAGGACAUUCCUGAACCUACGGACUCAGAGGAAGCUGCGUGCUCGAACAGAGAAGCCACAACCUCAGAGCCCUGCACCCCCAGACACCCAGGGUCCAUCAACACAAUCAAUGCUCCUGAAACCCCUGAGCCCUGCACCCCCAGGCACCAAGGGUCCAUCCUUGGUUGGUAAACAGUUCACUGUCAAUUGAUUGUCAUGUUCACUUGUUUAGCCCUAAUCACACAAUUUAGCUGUCUUCAACAGGGGUGGGCAAUCUCAUCCACCGAGGGCUUUUGUCAUGACAGGGUUAUGUACCUAAACAUUAUUCAAGGAGACAGUGUGGAUACAGGAAUUUAUACAUAAAACUGUCACACUGAUUCAAUUAAUCAUAUUCUGACCCAAGACCUUUAUUAUUUGCAUCACUGGUGUAUCCGGUUGGUAGAUCUGGUUGGCCCCACACUGACCUUUGCUGGAUAAGAUUUUAUCAAUAUAAUGAGAAAAUAUAUGGCUGGAGAACAAAACUGCACUCACACUGGCUGCCCUCAGGUUUGCUUUGGAGUCUGUACCUUAUCAUUCCUGUACUCUACAUCUCUUUACUUCUGCCUAUAUAUUUUCCCAGGGAAGAGAAAACACACUGCGAGCACAACCAGCAAAUACCUGAACAUCAUGAGGGAGACCGAGGCCUCAUACCUGGAGACACUUGAGGCCCAGCGUCAGCAGCAGGAUCAGCACUUCUAUCAGCUGCGUGAAGAUGAGGCAGCAGUCAGCACAGCAGACAGGAAAGCCAGGGUGGCUGCGAUGCCACAGACAGCGUCAUUUAACAACAGCUUCAUAGCUGUAUUUGGAAAGUUUGUCCAAGCCAUAAAAGGACGUCAGACACCAGCAGGACACGUCAAUAGACUAAACUGGCUAAAGUUCUUAUGUAAAAUACUUUUUUUUAUUCACUUAAAUUUGUACUAUACCAAAAGCAUUGUGAAUGUGGCUUUCAAUUACUGUUAAUUGAAUUUAGCCUACUGUUAAACAAUGAAAAUAAUGUACAUUUUGCAAAUGUUGUUAAACAUGCUUACUUGUGUUGAUUUUAAAUGUAGGAAAUAAAGAUUAGACAUAAUAUGAUUUACACACUUUUAUUAAACAACAAUCAAACAUUGGUUGAACAUAGAGUAUACAAUCGUGUAGUAGGGUAUUGAUUGGGUAAAAAACUAAACUUAUAAGAACAUACAGUAUGUCUAAUGGUAAAAUGAACAUAAGGGAGUAUAUAGUAGUACUUUAUUAAGCUAGAGAUAUCAGACUGCUUCUCAAUGCACCAGGCCUACGUCGGCCUUCCGCAUCUGCGGUGGAAGGUGGGCGAGCUACAGCGGUGUUUGUUAGAUCAUGAGACAUCCCGAAAAUCGGUCUUGUCAUGGAAAUGUCUGUAGCGUCCGAAUAGAAAGGUGAGACUCUAACGAACACAAUGGUGUUAUCCGUUUUGCUCUAAAACCCCCACAAGUGUCACAGGACUUGUAUGAAGGUAACCCAUACAAACAAAUGGAAGUAUGGAGGUGCCAACAACAACAAAAAUAAAUCAAAUCAAAUCAAAUUUUAUUUUUCACAUACACGUGUUUAGCAGAUGUUAUAGCAAGUGUAGCGAAAUGCUUGUGCUUCUAGCUCUGACAGUGCAGUAAUAUCUAACAAGUAGUAUCUAACAAUUUCACAACAUAUACCUAAUAAACACAAAACUAGUAAGGAAUGGGAUUUAAGAAUAUAUAUAUAUGGACAAGCAAUGACAGAGUGGCAUGGACUAAGAUACAGUAGAAUAUAUAUUUUUUUGUUUACAUUUUAGUCAUUUAGCAGACACUCUUAUCCAGACCAACUUACAGUUAGUGAGUGCAUACAUUUUUCAUACUGGCCCCCCAUGGGAAUCAAACCCAUAACCCUGGUGUUGCAAACGCCAUGCUCUACCAACUGAGCUACACGGGGCCCUAGAAUAGAAUGCAGUAUAUACAUAUGAGAUGAGUAGUGCAAGAUAUGUAAACAUUAUUAAAGUGAAUAGUGUUCCAUUUCUUAAAUUGGCCAGUGAUUUCAAUAGGCAGCAGCAGCCUCCAAUGUGCUAGUGAUGGCUAUUUAACAGUCUGAUGGCCUUGAGAUAGAAGCUGUUUUUCAGUCUCUCUGUCCCAGCUUUGAUGCACCUGUACUGACCUCGCCAUCUGUAUGAUAGCGGGGUGAACAGGUAGUCUCCCGAGUGGCACAGUGGUCUAAGGCACUGCAUCGCAGUGCUAGCUGUGCCACUAGAGAUCCUGGUUCGAAUCCAGGCUCUGUUGUAGCCGGCCACGAACGGGAGACCCAUGGGGCGGCGCAAAAUUGGCCCAGCGUUGUCCAGGGUGGGGGAGGGAAUGGCUGGCAGGGAUGUAGCUCAAUUGUUAGGGCAUGGCGUUUGCAACGCCAGGGUUGUGGGUUUGAUUCCCACGGGGGGCCAGUAUGAAAAAUAAUAAUGUAUGCACUCACUAACUGUAAGUCGCUCUGGAUAAGAGUGUCUGCUAAAUGACUGUAAAUGAUCUUUUUGGCCUUCCUGUGACAUUGGGUGCUGUAUGUGUCUUGGAGGGCGGGUAGUUUGCCCCCGGUAAUGCGUUUGGAAGACUGCACCACCCUCUGGAGAGCCCUGCGGUUGCGGGUGGUGCAGUUGCCGUACCAUGCGGUGAUACAGCCCGGCAGGAUGCUCUCAAUUGUGCAUCUGUAAAAGUUUGUGAGGGUUUUAGGUGCUAAGCCAAAUUUCUUCAGCCUCCUGAGGUUGAAGAGGCUCUGUAGCGCCUUCUUCACCACACUGUCUGCGUGGGUGGACCAUUUCAGUUUGUUGGUGAUGUAUACGCCAAGGAACUUGAAGCUUUCCACCUUCUCCACUGCGGUCCCGUCGAUGAGGAUAGGGGAGUGCACCCUCUGCUGUUUCCUGAAGUCCACGAUCAUCUCCUUUGUUUUGUUAAUGUUGAGUGAGAGGUUAUUUUCCUGGCACCACACUCCCAGAUAAGGUAUUAAAUAUGUGUCCAUUGUUUUAUAUAUAUAUUUCCUGAGCUUGGUACCAGGCUUGGUCUGUCAUGCUAGUAGUUCUGUUGUUGGUCCAUUCGCUUUGUUGUUCCAAAGGGUGUCUGUGAGAGAUAGAAAAUCACAAAGAAAGAAAAAAGAGAAGAUCUGUUAAUAAACAUUGGUUUUAUUUGUCAGUUGGACACACAUCAACUCACCAUAGCAUAGGUAGAGAUAAUAUAGUUGAUUGGGUUGAUUAAUUUUCAUCUGAUGUAGGUCAGGAAGUGUUUCUCGUAAGAAUGUUAUACUAAAUUACUCUUGUAGUAUUGAAUGAGGACAACUUGCUAUUACACUUGCAAUAAGGUGCAGUCCUGCAAUAUUACUCUUGCAGUAUACCGUGUAUGAUGUAGGCCUAGGUAUGUACAAUGUAUACACUAUAUAUACAAAAAUAUGUGCACACCCCUUCAAAUUAGUGGAUUCGGCUAUUUCAGCCACACCCGUUGCUGAGAGAUCAAAUUGAGCACACAUCCAUGCAAUCUCCAUAGACAAACAUUGGCAGUAGAAUGGCCUUACUAAAGAGCUCAGUGACUUUCAACAUGGCACCGUCAUAGGAUGCCACUUUUCCAACAAGUCAGUUUGUCAAAUUUCUGCCCUGCUAGAGAUGCCCUGGUUAACUGUAAGUGCUGUUAUUGUGAAGUGGAAACGUCUACGAGCAACAAUGGCUCAGCUGUGAAGUAGUAGGCCACACAAGCUCACAGAAUGGGACCGGUGAGUGCUGAAGCGCGUAAUGCAAAAAAUUUGUCGGCCCUCGGUUGCAACACUCACUAUCGAGUUCCAAACUGCCUCUGGAAGCAACGUCAGCACAAGAACUGUUCGUCGGGAGCUUCAUGAAAUCGGUUUCCAAUGGGUUUUCCGAGCAGCCACACACAAGCCUAAGAUCACCAUGCGCAAUGCCAAGUGUCAGCUGGAGUGGCGUAAAGCUCGCCUCCAUUGGGUUCUGGAGCAGUGGAAACGCGUUCUCUGAAGUGAUGAAUCACACUUCACCAUCUGGCAGUCCGAUGGACAAAUCUGGAGUUGGCGGAUGCCAGGAGAACGCUACCUGCCCCAAUGCAUAGUGCCAACUGUAAAGUUUGGUGGAGGAGGAAUAAUGGUCUGGGGCUGUUUUUCAUGGUUCGGGCUAGGCCCCUUAGUUCCAUUUAUGGGAAAUCUUAACACUACAGCAUACAAUAACAUACUAGACGAUUCUGUGCUUCCAACUUUGUGGGAACAGUUUGGGGAAGGCCCUUUCCUGUUUCAGCAUGACAACACAAGGUCCAUACAGAAAUGGUUUGUCGAGAUCGGUGUGGAAGAACAUGACUAGCCUGCACAGAGCCCUGACCUCAACCCCAUUGAACACCUUUGGGAUGAAUUGGAAUGCCUAAUCGCCCAACAUCAGUGACCGACCUCACUAAUGAUCUUGUGGCUGAAUGGAAGCAAGUCCCCACAGCAAUGUUCCAACAUCUAGUGUAAAGCCUUCCCAGAAGAGUGGAAGCUGUUAUAGCAGCAAAGGGGGGACCAACUCCAUAUUAAUGCCCAUGAUUUUGGAAUGAGAUGUUCGACGAGCAGGUGUCCACAUAUUUCUGGUCAUGUAGUGUAUCUAUCACAAAGACAGAUACACAUUAUGUAGCUAGCUAAAUAGAUACAUUUUACGUACCUCCUAAGGGCCUAUCACACACAGCAUACUGCAAGAGUAAUACCGUAUUUGAAGGACUGUAGCUGUCCUCAUUCCAAAUAAGUUUGGAACAAUUCACAAAGACAGAUACACAACAGCUAGCUAAACAGAUAAACAUACCUCUCUUGAUACGUUGUGUAUUUCAGCUGGCUCUUUUCAGCUGUCUCCUCUCAUUUGCUGCCCACGAACAAAAAUGAAAAGGAUGGCAGAAAAAAGCCUGGCUAACUCCACAGCACGUCUCCCUCCUCCAUACUUAAAAAUGCCAGUCACUAGCAAUGUUUCCUGUGAGUUAAACCUAGUCCUGUUUCCAGUUUCACUGCAAAUGGAAAACAACCAAGAACCAACAAGGCUAGUUAGUGCUGGUUCCGGCACGGCCCAGCACGGUUUGGUUUCUCUAGUGGAAUUGCGCCAUAAUUUGCAGGGUAAUAGCCUAAUCAUCACUAUCAGGUGAUUAUUGCAGCGCCCCAUCUUCAGAAGCCAGGUAUACUGGCCCUCCUGUGGUUAUUUAUGGUGGUCUAUCUCAACUUACCCAGCUGGGGGUGAGAUGCAUCAAUGCACCAGUGAGCUUUGAAAAUCUCUCUUCUCCUUCAUACUACCUCCCACCGAAUUCCCCAUGGGUUUUCUCAGCGGGGUUUGGCAGACACUAUGCCUCCUGCCAAUAGUUGGCUGUAGGCUUAAUGGCAGCACUUUUCUAUACUGAACUCAGGAGGGGUAGGGAGAAUUAUAAAGUGAGGGGACAACCUCAGAGGGAGACCAAAGUGAUGACCAGAGAUGUCCCAUCGUCAUAUUUACAUGGACCCUGAUAUUCAUUACGUUUUCCCUUUUGUCCCUUCCCUCCUUGGUGCUCUUGAGAUGAUGUGAUAGGCCUGUCUUUGAUCCUGGAGCAUGUAGAAAGACCAGCCCUCGCUGUGUCACUCAGAGCAGAGCCAAACAGGCAGCCAGCCAGGCGCUUCAGAGACAUUCCUUGGCGGAGCCACCUCAUGUCAUCCGACAUGCUAAAGUCUCUCUCGGCGUGUAA